CUCAGUGGGCCCGGGUCGCUCGCCAGGUUAGGGGCUGUUGUUGCUGUCGCUCCUCUUGCGUCUCUCUCGGGGUGCUCGCUGCUCUAGCCACGGACAUGUGAUUAAGUGUUCAGACGAGUCUCAUCUUCUGAAUUUGAGGGUGGAGUGUUUGUGUUGAAAUACUGUUUAUAGUUCGACGCACAGAGUUUCCUAUACCCUUUCACAUAUAAUAUAUAAAACUGUGUUCUAGUUCAUCUGAAAGUGCAAAGGUGAAUGUCACCCUCGUGGCCUAUACCGAAGUCAUUUUGCUAUCUUACGGACAACGACACUGGUUAAGUUACGUAUUUGAAGAAACAGACCACAGGUGGUGAAAUUGCUUGGUGUGAAUUUGCCUUGUUUACUAGAUAAUAAAUGAGAGUGGGCUGAUUCAGCGCAGAAAAUAUCUUUUAUAUAAAAAAAUGGUGUUACAAAAAUAGAUUUAGCAUUACCUGAAUUAGUGAGGUUCUUGUUAUGAGGAAAAAUAUGAUAGGCGAUAAUCCCGAUACUAUUUAGGAAUUAAAACCACCGACUGCAUUCGAGUCUGAAGAAAAUGGACAGUUACCGAGUGAAUUACAGCAGAAAUAGACAUUAGGAGAGAUUUACUAACCACUAGUGUAAAGAAAAUUGCAUGAUAAAUAAAGACGAAACGACAGCCUGAGCACUGAAGCAAACGCAGGUGCAGUGAGGCGGUCGUGUCCGGAGGGAGGGAACGAGCAGUGUGGGGGGGUUGGUGUGUCUACUGUGCAGGAGAAUGGCAUACGGAAAGGAGACGGAUCUCUGAGCGUUUAGGUUUAGUGUUGUGCUGAAGGCAAGUGUCAGUAGUGCCCGAUUUUUUUUUCUAUUUUUGUUUGUUUGCAUUACGUUGUGGUAAAGGGUUAGAAAAUGGAUGAUUGUGUCGCAGAAAAAUCGAAAGAAUGAUAUGGUUCGAUUAAGAAAACCUUGUGGUUGUUGAUUAAAAGUGGAAACCGUUAGAAAUGGCAUCGUUCCUGCAGUACGCCCUUUCGCCGUUCCCGAGGCGACGCUCUCGGAAAAGUGAACGUGACCGGGCUUCCACUGCCUCCCAGGACACCGGCAGUACCUCCAGCACGCCCACGCCGCCCUCGCCCGCCCCGAAGACGCGCUCGGUGGGCAUUCAGACGCCGGUGCUCCAGCGUCGAGCGUUCGGCCCCGAGGACAUCCCGGGGACGCCGACCGCCUUCAGGAGACUCAAGGACAAGACGCGGGGAUGGCAGGCGUCGCCCUUGCUCAGCCGGCGCGCCUCGCAGGCCACCCUUCGCGAGGGGAGCGCCACGCCCACCGCCUCGAGAAAGCUGAUCUCUCCGCCCUCGGAAGCCCUGCACUCACCCACGCCCUCGCGCAGGAACAUCUCGCCGCCCGCCACCUCCUCCUGCGCCUCCCUCAGCAGCCACGAGCCGCCACCGACGCCCUCGUCCUGCACGUCCUACAAUUGCGAAUCCCCCCCGACGCCCUCCUCGACGCGCCGCACCCCCUCUCACUACAGCGUGGACAGCACCAACGCCCACGUCGUCCACGUCGGGGCGGCGGGGCUGGGCCUCGGGGGGCUGAGAGGGUGGGAGAGGGAGGUGGUGCUGAGGGAGGCGUGUGGGAGGAAGACGGUGGUGCGGGAGAGCGUAAGGAUGUCGCAGUGCGUCGUGUGGGAGUGCCUGCCCAUCCCGGGGCCGCUGAGGAAGCGCUCGCACCACAAAGAUGAGAAUGGCGGACCUGACACUCAGUACAGCACGAUAGUUCGCGAUCCCAGGAUUAGUUACAUAGCAGAGGACGUCCGUGGGGUGAGCACCGUGCAGUUGACGAAAAAGGAUGGUCUUACACUCGGACUUAUUGUGGCAGGUGGCGUGGAUAAAGGUCACCGCCCUCGAGUGGCUAACCUGCGCCCAGGAUCCCCUGCCCACCGCUCCGACGCCCUUAGUGUCGGAGAUUACAUCCUGGCGGUGAAUGGCAUCAAAACGCACGCCCUCACCCACGCCCAGAUCGUCUCCCUCCUCAAAAACGCGGGAGAGAAGGUCGAUCUAGAAGUCGAAUAUGAAAUCCCAAAUUCACCGGUGCAAGGGAGCGGGUGCGUGUUGGGCCGAACAGUGGACGUGGUGUUAGAGAAGGAGGAAGGAAGCUUCGGGUUCACGGUUCGAGGCGGUUCGUCCCACGAUGCUACGAAGACCCGCCCGCUCGUCAUCACCCACGUCAGGCCAGGGGGACCCGCUGACAGGGAGGGCACAAUCAAAGCCGGGGACCGCCUGGUGACAGUGGACGGCCGAGACCUCACGCGGUGCUCUCUCACCGAAGCCCAGGAAACACUCCGCCGGAUCGAGCGCUCUGCCACGCUCACCGUCGAGUAUGACGUGUCGGUGAUGGAGAACGUGCGAUCGUCGGGCGGGCCGUUGCUCGUGGAGAUCGAACGUGCCCCGGGGACGUCCUUGGGCAUCACCCUCACGCACGCACACCCAGACCCCAACGCCAUCAUCAUCGAGACGAUUAGGACGGCCAGCAUCGCCGAGAGAUGCGGUGCUCUCUGCGUGAACGACAUAGUGGCAGCCAUCGAUGGAACAAGACUGGAUCAGCUGACUGUUGCUGAAGCUGCGCAGUUACUGAAAACAGCAUCGGGUUCACACAUUACUCUCGAGAUCAUCCCGACUCCGGCCUCUCAGCCCAGAAUGACCUUCAGGAGAGGCGGGGGCGUGGCAUUCCCACACCUAUAUGGCAUCGCAGGAAGCAGCAGCGGCUACAUGAGCGGCGGCGGCAGCGGGGGCUACAUGUCCGGGGGGUCGAGCUAUAAUACGUUGGCUUCGCAGCGACCUAGGUCAGCGGCCGCGCGAAGGGUCAACCGCCGCACCAGACCCAAUGACCGCACGGAAACAGGAUCCGUCUCGUCCCACACCACCGGAGGCAGCGUGGGUGGAGUUGGAGUGUGUCAUCAGGAGUGUCUGACCGUCACCCUCGUAGUUGAAGGACGAGGCUACGGGAUAGUGUUCCGGCCUCCACCUCAUCCUUCAGACCCGGACACUUCGCUGCCAGUCAUCGCAGCCAUAGAUCCUGGUGGACCGGCAGACAAGUGCAGUGUGAUAUGCGUAGGUGACCGUCUGAUGGGCGUGAAUGGGCGUAGCGUAGCUGGUCUCGGAGUGAGCGAAGUGACGCAGAUGGUUGCUAAUUCUCGGCCAACUGUUACCCUUGAUGUCGAGUUUGACGUUGCUGAUUCAGUUGUUCCUUCCUCUGGAACAUUUGCAGUGAAGUUAGCAAAGAGACACAAUGGCCUUGGAAUUACACUGACUGCAGGACGGCGAGGGGGAUCCGGUGAACCCCUUUUGAUCAGCGAAGUCGUGCGUGGCUCCCCUGCCCAUCGGUCGGGCACUAUGCAACCUGGCGACCGUCUCCUUGCCAUUGACUCUACACGAUUAGAGCACCUCACCUUGGAGGAUGCUAGGGCCAUCCUUCAGUGCUGUGAUGAUAUUGUGACUCUACGAGUUCAGAAAGAUGAACUGUAUUCAGAGGAGAGCGGUAGUCUAGUGGUAUACACAGUAGAGCUGGUCCGACACGGGGGCGCCCUUGGGAUAACCAUCUCGGGAAGCGAAGAGCCGUUUGAUCCCAUUUACAUUGCGGGUCUUGCUCCAGGUGGGUUAGCAGACCGAACUGGUGCCAUACAUAUAGGUGAUCGCCUUCUUGCAAUUAAUGGUGCCUCUCUACGAGGGAAGCCUCUCAGUGAAGCUAUAUUGAUGCUCCAGAAUUCUGGUGAUACAGUCACAUUGAAGAUUUCACGGCCUAGGGAUUCAGGUGUUCCAAGUGAAGAGCUGACACGAGAAGACUGGAUGGGACGUUUUGGUCCUGCAAUCCCAUCUGUGGACUCGGCAGUAGAGUCCUGGGACAGUUCUGGCAUGGACCCUCCUCCUCCUGGCUCUACUCCAGCAUUAUCUAAAAGGGAUUCUGGAUCUGAUAUUGUCUUUAGAUCAGAUUGUGGCAGUACAGUCAGACGAAGAGCUGGAGUCGAUGGCCGUGAAGAAGUUAGCAUUAGCAAUGCAGGUGAUGCAGAUGGUGUAGAGGGAUCAACAAGAACAGAGGAAGAAGUCAGAGACGCUUGGCGUUCUCCGUCUCCCCCACCGUCAAUUGAUAGUGGGCAGUCAGAAGAUAAAACGGAUUGGGACAAGAUGAUUGCUGACCUCAACCAGAUAAGUGAGAGUUGCGGUCUUCGAGAUCAUCGUCAGUCUCCGACGAUACUUCUACCCCAUGGACAUACAGGUACAGUAAUCCAACGCAAAAAAGAUGUACGGGCUGGCAGUGAAGCUCCCAUGCCUGAUGUAGGGUCAGCACCCGAACCAUCUCGAACCCAAACUCUGUCAGCUCGCAGACGUCCAGCCUGUCCAGUGACGAGUGCAAGUAGUAAUGGGAGUGAACCAAAAGAAGAAGGAAGCUAUUCCAUUAGCAAUGCUGCUUUAACAUACACAGCAACAUAUUCAAGAACAGCUUCACCACCACCAGGUGGUGGGCAUGUUUACCAAGUGAACCUUAUGAAAGACCGUGUAUAUGAAGACUUUGGAUUUAGUGUGUCUGAUGGUCUAUACGAAAAGGGUGUGUAUAUUAACAGGAUCCGAAAAGGAGGUCCUGCUGAUAGAUCUGGGAUGCUACAGCCCUAUGACAGAAUCUUACAAGUGAAUGACACACGGACCCAUGACUUCGACUGCUGCCUAACAGUUCCCUUGAUGGCUGCUGCAGGAGACCGUCUGGUGCUUGUUGUGUCACGAAACCCGCAUGCCAACCCUACACUUGACUUCUCCUCAGAGAUUCAUUCCCCAACGUGGCAUGAUAUUGAUGAAGGAGAAGAAGAUGAAGCUAUGGGAGAAAAAGACGAGCUUGGGGAUCGAGAGUUAGAGUCAUAUUCAUCACCCACUCCAUCCUUUACUCCCAUACCAACGAUCCUCAAGACUCUGUGAGCUGUCAGUCUCAUGCCUCCAAAAGUGAAUGGUGUACCCCACUCCAUUUUUUGCUGUAUUUAUUUCAUUGAUCCUUUUUGGUUUUUGAAAGUGACUGUGAAUGCAUUGUAAACAUAUGUUUUAUAUGAGAGAGAUAUUACUUUAUUUGGGUAUUUGUUAAGAGAAAGGCAUUUUCUGUGUCUUCAUCUUUAGAUUGUAGUCUUAGGUUUGUAGAUUUUUUGUUUCAUUUGUGUCUACAUGCCUUCUACAAGAGGUAACUUUUCCUAUCAGCUCUGGGGCACAUCUGUGGAUGCCUGGUUGACAGACAUCUGGCUUGGUUCACCCUUUCUAUUCCCCACAAACCACUUACACUCUUCCCCUGACAUGGGAAACACUUCAGUUUAUCAUGCUUUAGUUCAUCAACACUCACAAAUCAUCAGAAUGUCUACAGCUGUUCCCUGGUGUGCCUUGGUGUGUCAACUGCACACCCACAGACAUACCCAAGAAGGGAUAAGUUGCAACAAAUUCAGCAUUUUAGAAAUACUUAAGCAUCACUGUAAAAGAUGUUUACAUUUUGAAAGAGACAGUGCCUUGUUAUAAUGUACAUUUAUAGAUUUCUAUUAUCUAGAAUAAAAUAAAGGAUGUGUAUAU